CACCGGACUUGUUGCGCAGCUCCCGUCUGCUUGCUGAGUGUAAACUGGGAGCCAGUGGAAGAGGUGCAGAAGUUCAGCUGAAAGCGAGGAGCCUUCCCCGUCCUUUCUGUACCUUUCAAUACACAAAGACACAUUUCGACUCUCAACUUAAAACACCUGCCUGGGACUUUAGCCACCCCCCGAAUCCACUCCACUGGCCCACUGGAAAGACAACACACCCCACCGUUGCUUUCACUGCACCAGUCACUCUUCACACAUGGAGACCCCCGUCGUUGCUGCCGCCAUCUUGAUUUUGGCCUUCGCCACCAUGGCAACCUCAGAAUACCCAAGGACUUGUGAGCCCCUGGAAAAAACAGAUAAGGGACUCUGGAGGGGUGAGGCCCAGAACAUUUCAACUGCCUGCCAGAGCAACUACAGCAGUAACAGUUACGAGGUCCACAUUCUGCACCUGGUGUUCACUGUUACGGACAGCAACUCGUCGAAUAUGUUACUCGACUUGACUGCGAUGAAGCCAUCACAUCUGAUUGUCAGCAGCAAUGCCAGGAUUUCCAUCUACGUCAAUGCUUUGGAAAAUAAGGAUCGUCUCAGUAUCAUGACAAACGAUCAGGUGUCCACAGAAGGUCAUGUUUCAGUCAUGAUGAACCUCCCUUCAAAUGCAGAGGAUCUCCUGAAAUACAUCACCGGACUCUUCAAGGGCGUGACUUCUUCAACUUCGAUUAAAGAUCCAAAAUCUAUCAGUUUCUCUGGGGGAGAAGCCAGUGGAACCACCCAGCCACCGACAGAACAAGCUACUGCAGAUCUGAGCAUCUGCAAGCAGUUGGAACGGAUGACUUUUCAGAUGAACUUAUACACCUCCCCAGAUCACACAGCGCCUGUAGACGUCGCCACCCGUGUUCAGAUCGGCAAGCUCCUUUAUGCAGAGAUUUCCAGCAGCAUUACUCUGGGAGAGAUCAUUCUCCAUUUCAAAGUGACCAGCUGUUCAGUGUCUUCAAGCACUGACCAUAGCAUGGUGUGGGAUCUGCCCUUCAUUGAGGUUCCCUGCCCUCCGCAAGCCUGUCGCCACAGCACCAGGCUCAGCCUCUCCUUCAUGGAGCCCCGAGAGCUGACCGCUGCCAGCUGGGCCUUGGAGUGCUCCUUGAUGGUCUGGACCACUGAGAGUGAUCCAUGUGCACAUACUACAUCAGUGAAGCGAAACAUUGAACUUACGCCUCCGUCCUCACAUCCAGCAGACAUCGGGCCCAGCCAGCCCCCCCCAGAUAACCAAAAAGACCAGGUACCUCUGAAGAUGCAGCUGUUCAUCUCCCCGGAUUUCAGGGAUCCGAUCGACCAGAUGACCCGGAUUCCGAGGGACAGUCCCAUUUAUGCCGAGAUUUCCAGCACCACCCUGGGAGGGAUCGUUCUCCAGUUCAAAGUAACCAGCUGUUCGGCGACUUCAGGGUUCGAUCUCGGCCCGGUGUGGGAUCUGCCCUUCACUGAGGUGCCCUGCAGUCCGCAAGCCUGUCGCCACAGCACCAGGCUCCGCCUCUCCCUCAUGGAGCUCCCAGAGCCGACCGCUGCCAGCUGGGCCUUGGAGUGCUCUGCGCAGAUGUGCGCCAACAUGGAUGACUUUACAUCUGGAUGUGUAAAUGUCGGCUCAGUGAGGAAACACCUUAUGGUUACCACAUAUUUAUUUCCAACCAGUUUACCAUUUACGGCAGACAGCCAAGCGCAUGUAUUUAGGGAGCGGAAAGACAUUGGGCCCAGCCAGCCCCCCCCGGAUAACCAGAAAGACCAGGUACCUCUGCUGAUGCAGCUGUUCACCUCCCCGGAUUUCAGCGAUCCGAUCGACCUGAUGACCCGGGUUCCUAGCGACAAGCCCCUUUAUGCUGAGGUUGCCUACCGCACGCUGGGCGACAUCAACAUGUCCCUCUAUCUCCAAGUGACCGCGUGCAUAGUGACCUCGAGGUCCAGCUGCGACGCCAGCCUGAGCCUGCCCUUCACCACCGAGCACUGCCCGCCCAAAGUGUGCCCCCACAGCGUCCGGCUCAGCUUUUCUCUCCUGCCUCUCCGGCAGCUGCGCCCCACCAGCUGGCUCCUGGAGUGCCCCGUCCAGAUGUGCAUCCCAGAGAUAAAUUAUCAAUGCAUAGAUGUUGGCUCCGUGAAGAGAAACUUAGAGAUCACCAGAGCAUCCUUAUCUCCAGCCAGGCAGUGUGUUGAUUUUGGUCCCUCUGCUGUCCUGGGGGUGGCUUUUGGGGGGUUCCUGACUGGCGUGGUCUUCGUGGGAAUUCUGUGGUUCAUCAGAGUGCGUACUGGGUGUCCCCGUUCGCCAACCAAGCAGGAUCCGGUCUCUGCCAUCCCGCCCCCUUCUGAAAACAGCAGCGCCAAUGGCAGCAUUGACAGCACCCAAAGCACGCCCACCAGCAGCAUGGCGUAGGGAGGUCUUCUCAGCUGGGUGCUGUCCACCACACGUCCUGUAGGAAGUUCGGGAGGUAGGGGCUGGAGAGGUAUGGUUAACUUUGGGGGGGGGGGGAAGGUUCUGAUCUACCCUCCCAGUCAUCUCCCAGACCUCUUAGCAAAACAACACAUGGGAAGUCAAGAGAAAGGUCUGCUUCCAGCAACAGGAAAAACAAAGACUAUCCCCCAAGGACCAACAGGAAAUUUGUUACAUUCUUUUUAAUAAGCACUUUUGCUCCAAUAGCCACUCAAUAAGAUGUCUCCAGAAAAAAAACCAAAGAAAGACAGGCUAUUAGACAUUGUGCAGCAGACUGUUUUGCCCUAUGGUGGCUUCAGUAGAUGUGGCAAGACAUAAGUAACUAUUUUGAAUAAUCUAGAAACGGAGAUUUUAACUUCCUAUUUCUCAUCAGGAUGGUCUGUCAUUUUAAAAAAGUUUUCUCUCUUGUGAUACAGUGUAUUUUUUUUUGUGGGUUUACCACCUUCCAUGUAAUUAAGGUCGUCUGUUGUCAGACUGGAGGUCGUUUUGGAAUAGGCUGCCUCCAACUUCUGCAUGAUUGUAACCAUGAUGCUUUCGCCCCUGUUUGAUACCCUACAUGAGCCUUUUUACGUUAGUCACCUUAAGUUAGGCUAUCUUCCCUUGUUUUUCGUGCCUCCACAUCAUCAUUGACGGAAAUUGCUGGCCAAUAUGUCGUAAAAAGGCACCCUUAGUGUUGAGGAAAAUCGGAUGCUUUUAGCAGAAUCUUCUAUAAGUUAUUCUCCUCAAAUGCCAAAUAGAGAAGUAACCACAUAUUUUUUAAAAUGUUAUCAGAUAACUAAAAUAUCGAUCUCAGGUUACACUUUGUUGCCUUUUUUCAUAUUCGAGAGUGUUACAUUGCUAGUAUUUUGACCAAAGUUGAAAUGAGAGACUGAAUGAAAAGUAAAUGUCUGUAUAUAUAUUGUUUUUGUGUCUUAUUGUGCAGAAAAUAUGAACUUACGAGAUUUGUAUCUUCAAUUAAAUGUACUUUGUUCUUUCUUCUGGCUGGGAACAAAGACAUUUUUCAGCUCUGGUGAGGAUGUCAAGCACUACAAAAUAUAUGACUUUUAAAAAAAAAAAAAAAAAUGUCAUAAACCUUUGCUGCAUUUCCUGGAAUUUCAAUUUUGGUAUCUUGCCUCUUGGAGAAGUUUCUUUUAGAUUUUUUUCCCGAAUGACUUCUUAAUCAUUUUCUGAUUCUUUUCAGUAAGUACUGUACAGUUUGAAAAUGAGAACAUUCACUUGAUGUAGCUUAACACAAGAUAUAUGUCACACGUAAAUGUUUUUUUUUACAUAAUGUUGGUGUAUUGAGGUCGGGUGACACUACAUUGUGUUUCUCUGUGUAUAUGUGUAGUGUGUUGCGUGCAUGUGUGUGCGUGAGAAAAAGAAGAAAGAGAUAGAUUUUGUGGGAACACAAGGUGUGGGCAAGUGGAGAGAAUAUGAGAUAAAUAUUUGCCACUUGAGUUGGUGCAAUAUUUUGAAGUAUACAUUUAUGUUACGUAGUAUUUGAAGUAUCUCCUAUUUCAUAAUAGUUUUAUUCCUGUGUUGUUAGUUACUUCCCUACUUGUAAUGGCUAAUGAAUGGUCUAAAUCAGUGUUUCCCAACCCAGUCCUUGGGGGAACCCCGGACAGUCCACAUUUUUGCUUCCUCUCAGCUCCCAGUGCGCCUGUACCAGGUAUUCAGUGUUCCUGAUUGGCUGGGAGCUGGGAGGUAGCAAAAAUGUGGAUUAUUCAGGGUUCCCCCAAGGACUGGGUUGGGAAACACUAGUCUAAAUCAUUUUGAGCUUAAUGCCAAAAUGCACGUGUCUUCUAUUGAAAAAUGUAUCUGUCCCUGCUUAUGACUGAUUGUGCAACUCCAAGUGUUUGUUGUUGGCCUCCUCGCCCAUUGUGUACUGUGGUUAGCCAUGAUCUGUGCUGUACAACAAGGAGUGAUUGCUGGUCAAAACUUGCCAGUUAACCUAAUCAUUUCUGACAGUCCGUGGCCCCUCUUUUGGGUCUUUUCAUUUCCCUACCCCCAAGAAGGGAGACUCACAGCAUAGAGUAUAGAGAUGAUCUGGUUGGCAUGGAUAUUUUUUGGCCUGGAGUGACAGAGCCUCCUUGGGAAGGACGUCAAGACAGACAUUUGGAGGGGGGUGAUUGAGAGGCAUGUGGAGGGGGAGUUACACAAUCCGUCAGCCCGCUUGCUCCUCGUCACCAUGGCUCCCUUCUUCACCUCGGUCAAGUGUUUCACUCUGAGAGAUACUACAUCACCGGGCAAAUCACUCACUCUGCGUAAGAAGCACAAUUUUGCCUGUUUGUGUAACAGUAUCGUCUCGUGAGGAAAGGACGCGGGGUGGAGGGCAGGGCCCCGAGAUAUCGCCUGGGUGCUUUCAGGGAAGCGACUACUGCUGACAGCUUUGGGACCCGUCCAAACAGUUUACAAGAAGACCUGUGCUGAACCCACAGCCCGCCGCCCGGAGACAGCACUCCACACAUCUCUGUCAGUGUGUUGUAUGUCUUUCCUUAUUUUAAGCAGGUGAGACAACGUUAUGAGCUGACCAGAGUGUGGAAUUUUCCAGACCUUUCUGCAAGAGAGGCUCUCUCUCUCUUCAUUACUGUUGUGUGUCUUCAGAAAUGCCCUUGCAAAGCCUGGACUUAGUCAUCGAUAACUGCAAAUUCACUUUAUUUUGUAAAGGUGUCUCUUAUAUAAUUUUCAUUGUAUACCAACAGACAUAAAUAAACUAAUCUAAGUAUG